GUUGCGAAAGCACACGCGAGGGAAUGGCGCUGUAUACUGCUGCGGUUAUUCUUGCUUUUUUACAUUUAGCCAAUUUAACACCCUUAUUUUUACCUGAAGGUAAGCAUAACUCGCCUAUUCUGUUUGUUGUUGAUAUCCCGCUACUCUUUCACACUCACAAAUCGACGUGUGGCGGAAGAAACAAAGUAAAAGUCAAGUGCAACAAGCCAUGCAGUGCACUGCUGAUGAAAGCGGCUUUUGUGUCGACCGUUAACUACAUAAAUGAUGUUUCUGAUCUUGAUCUGGGCAGUUAACCAGACUAUUUAAUAAGCCUAAUGAAAUAAGAAAUAAGAUAAUUAGGCUACCGAAAUGAAUAUACUGUUAUAGCUUAUUACAUUGCAUAAGACAUGCAACAGUGAAACGACGGUGACACAUGCUAUAGCCUACAAUGUUGUCAUUGCACAAAACAGAUGACCGUUUCAAACUUGUAACAAUGUGACCAUCAAAAUCAUAGGUCUUGUUUUGAUUAUUUUUUAUUUGUUUUUUUAAAGAGGAAUAUCACUUCAAACAAUGGAUGUUACAGGUAUGUGAAACUGUAAAGGCUGGAAUGUAAAUCCAUGAUAUGUGUUAUUUUUUAGGAAAGCAGAUGACAUACAGUAGGCUACAUACCAGAGUUACUGUACACACAGUCAUCUUUUUCCUAAUUGUAAGAAAUUAAAGCAGUAGGCCAAGACCUUCCUCAAAUGUAUUUGCUUGUCAGUAUGAGUUUGUCAUCCUUUGUAGACUGACUGUAGCCUAUACCUGUUUUUGUUAUUACAGUAUAAUAAAGUCUAUGAUCUGGAGGAGUAUUACCAUCGCCUAGACAUUUUCACUAGGCAUAAGAGGAGAAUCGACCAUCAUAAUGCGGGGAAGCACACAUUCUCAAGUAGGCUAUGCAUUUUAUUUAUUUUAAACUAUUUGUCAAUUUCUUCCUGUUUUCCCAGUCACAACAUAACUUCCAAUGUAUUCAUAAUGUAGCUUUAUAUACGUACAUGUAUGAUAUCUUACAACUCUUUUAACUUUCCUUUUCCCAGUGGGACUGAAUCAGUUUUCUGACAUGAGCUUUGCAGAGUUUAGGAAGACUUUCCUCCUGACUGAACCUCAGGUACAGCUGUGAAAUGUAAUUACUCAAAUGUGAUCCUGUAGUUAACCCCAAUUUAAGUCUACGAGCUUCUCUGAUAAAAGAUAGCCUAAUCAAUAGUAACUGUUCUUACAUUUAUCUUCAUCAGAACUGCUCUGCCACCAAAGGGAGUCACAUCAGCAGCCAUGGGCCAUAUCCUGAUUCUGUGGACUGGAGAGAGAAGGGAAACUAUGUGUCACCUGUCAAAUACCAGGUACUACGUUUCCCUUACAGGCUAAAUAUAGAACACCUUCCUAAUGUUGAGUUGCGCACACUGAUUGAAGUGGAUUUAACAAGUGACAUCAAUAAGGGAUCAUAGCUUUCACCUGGAUUCACCUGGUCAGUCUAUGUCAUGGAAAGAGCAGGUGUUCCUAAUGUUUUCUACUCUGUGUAUAUUCACAACCACAUGACCAAGUCCAUUUCUGAUGGACUGGCUGUUUGGGGGCGAGUGAAAAAGAUAAAAGCAGCUAUACAUUUAUGACUGUGCUGUGUUGAUAUCAUGUUGGCUGAGUGUGCUAUUGUUGUGUCCUAAGGGUCACUGUGGAAGCUGCUGGACCUUCUCCACUACCGGCUGUCUGGAGUCUGUGACAGCUAUAGCUACUGGAAAACUCCCACUUCUGGUGAGAACCAGCCCUAUUUCGCUUGUAUUUUCUACUGUGCCACACUAUGUUUCACCCUGUUUUUGGCAGUCAACCUACUAUGUUCCCCUGUAUGGUUUCGUCUGAAGUGGUACAAUAGAAAUAAAUGGGUUACAGUAGUUGAAUUGGUUGUUGAAUGGUUGUUGGUAAUAGCCUUAUUUCUGUGAUUUAUCAUUCUAUGUUUUCCAGUCUGAGCAGCAACUGGUGGACUGUGCUCAAGACUUCAACAAUCACGGAUGUAUGGGGUUGGUAGCCUACCAUCUUAAAAUCACAUGAGCUUAUCACUCCUGUCCUGCAUGUGACUUCUAUGCCUCCUGAUACAUACUGUAGCUAUCUGUCUACAAAAACAUCAUUCAGAUACUGUAAUUGAUUGGUUUCAGGGGACUCCCAAGCCAGGCGUUUGAGUAUGUUAAAUACAACAAUGGACUCAUGACCGAAGAUGACUAUCCUUACACGGGACAUGUAUGUAUUUAUAAUUUGUUCUUAGUGUAAAAAAGGAAAACGGUAAUAACACAAGUAACAGUGUUAUACUUAAGCAAUAAUGCACAAGGGGGUGUGGUAUAUGGCUAAGGGCUUUCCUUUCGCACGACGCAACGCGGAGUGCCUGGAUACAGCCCUUAGCCGUGGUAUAUUGGCCAUAUACAACAAACCCCAGAGGUGCCUUAUUGCUAUUAUAAACUAGUUACCAAUGUAAUUAGAGCAUUAAAAAUUAAUGUUUUGUCAUGCCCGUGGUAUACGGUCUGAUAUACCACAGCUGUCAGCCAAUCAGCAUUCAGGGCUUGAACCACCCAGUUUAUAAUAGUAUUUCAUCCUUAUUACUCACUUGUUUGGAUUACUCACUAUAUACUUUUUUUAUCCCAAUUCCUUUUUUUAGGAUGGCUCUUGCAAUUUCAAGCCCGAGUUGGCAGCUGCCUUCGUGAAAGAUGUUGUCAACAUAACAAGUGUGAGAGACUAAAACGAAAUGUUUUACAACCUCUGCAUCUGACCUACACAUUGUUUUCUUGUUCGGCAAUUGGUAUGUUGUUCUGUCUUCCCCCCUAUAACAGUAUGAUGAAAAGGGCAUGGUUGAUGCUGUGGCCAGACUGAACCCAGUCAGCUUUGGCUAUGAAGUGACCAAUGACUUCAUCCACUACAAAGAUGGUGUGUACAGCAGGUGAGAGUAAGCCCAGUACACUCGUGUUCCUUAUCACUCCCACUUGACGAUAAAUGUUGGGUGGCAGGAUUAAGGAGCUUUGUGGGAAUUGAAUUGUGGACCUCUAAAUCUUAUCAAAUAAUGUGUGGAAGGUAGAAGACUGUACUUAUGAGCCAUACAAUGUUGCCGUAGAAGACUUUCAUGAGCUGUAAAGCUCCUUGCCGUUCACAUAAUGUAUACAAACUGCAAAUUUGACCAUCUAUUACAAUUAAUUAACUUAUGUCCUCCCUGUGUUUUCAUUUAUAAUGCAUUCUUUGUUUGUACUAGCACUACGUGUAAGAACACUACAGACAAUGUGAACCAUGCUGUACUGGCAGUGGGAUAUGGUGAAGAGAAUAGCACUCCAUAUUGGAUCGUGAAAAACUCCUGGGGCACCAACUGGGGAAUGGAUGGGUAAAUACAUAAAAAAUAUUGAGUGCUGUCAAACUUACUUUUUUUUUACUCAUGAUAACUAUAUAGAUGCUUCAUGAACACAGAUCAGCUAUUGAACACCCAGACAUUGUAGGACACGUAUACUGCAAGAGAGCUGCCUAUCUCCUUUUACUUUUAGAGUCUUAAUGGUUUUGAGGGAGCGUGCAAUUGGCAUGCUGACAGCAGGAAUGUCCACCGGAGCUGUUGCCAGAGAAUUUGGCAGUACGUCUAACCGGCCUCCCAACUGCAGACCACGUGUAUGGUGUUGUGUGGGUGAGCGGUUUGCUGAUGUCAACAUUGUGAACAGAAUGCCCCAUGGUGGCGGUGGGGUUAUGGUAUGAGCAGGCAUAAGCUAUGGACAAUGAACACAAUUGCAUUUUAUCGAUGGCAAUUUGAAUGCACAGAGAUACCAUGACGAGAUCCUGAGGCCCAUUCAUCCGCCGCCAUCAACUCAUGUUUCAGCAUGAUAAUGCAUGGCCCCAUGUCGCAAGGAUCUGUACACAAUUCCUGGAAAAUGUCCCAGUUUUUCCAUGGCAUGCAUACUCACCAGACAUGUCACCCAUUGAGCAUGUUUGGGUUGCUCUGGAUCGACAUGUACGACAGCGUGUUCCAGUUCCCACCAAUAUCCAGCAACUUUUCACAGCCAAUGUAGAGGAGUGGGACAACAUUCCACAGGCCACAGUCAACAGCCUGAUCAACUCUAUGCGAAGGAGAUGUGCCGCGCUGCGUGAGGCAAAUGGUGGUCACACCAGAUACUGACUGGUUUUCUGAUCCACACCCCUACUUUAAAAAAAAAAGGUAUCUGUGACCAACAGAUGCAUAUCUGUAUUCCCAGUCAUGUGAAAUCCAUAGAUUAGGGCCUAAUGAAUUUAUUUCAAUUGACUGAUUUCCUUAUACGAACUAUAACUCAGUAAAAUAUUUUAAAUUGUUGCAUGUUGCAUUUAUAUAUUUGUUCGGUAUAGCUUACAAAAUCUGUUUUGUUUUGUAUUUCCUCCUCAGAUAUUUCCUAAUAGAACGAGGGAGGAACAUGUGUGGACUGGCAGCCUGCUCCUCUUAUCCUCUCCCGCUGGUGUGAUGUAACGGGAACUCAGAAGAGAAGAAGAGAACGCUGCAGUCAGUCUUCAGCUACAGUAUGAGAAGUCAGGAUAAACUGGAUAAUUUUUCUCAGUGGGAGGACAGGAGUGGGCAUCUCUGUGUUAUUUGCAUGGACAUGUUUUUAAGAACUGUAGUUAUACUGUUACAAUGUGAGUUUUACAUUUGCCAAGUGACUUAUGUUUACUUAAUUAUAAAUUGAUCGUUUUCUGAAGGAUUGUACUGUAUAUGGUAUGGCUAAUGGUUGUGGGUGGUCAUGGUUAGUUAGUAGGCAAUGACUGGGUAGUGAGAGUCUUUGAAUCAUGUGCUUAUGUAGCAACAUAUUGCUCCAGUUGUAUGACUGUGUAAGAGAUCCCCUUUAGUACUGUAGUAGUCUACUGUCACAAAAGCAUCAACAAUAUUUUAGCCUCUCUUGAUUUGACAUUGCCUUGACUAGGCAUAUUUUGUGUAUUUUGAACUGAUGCUGCUGAGGGUUACUUUUUUUGUACAUUAUUUGCCUGUAGUUUUGUAAAAAAAAAAAAAGAAAAAAAAAAAGUAUGUUCUUAAGAGAUCUCCAAAGCCAUUGGCACAUGAAAAGCUAAAUGAUAUUGAUCCCUGGUUCAUAUUUUAUAAAUAAAGUGUCCCAAGUGAAGCGUCUGCUGUUAUAGGAAAAGCAUGGGAUAGGAUAAAGUAAUCCUUCUACCCCCCCCCCCCCCCCCCCCCCCCCCCCAAAAAAAACAACAUUGUAAAGUGGUUAUCCCACUGGCUAUAAGGUGAAUGCACCUAUUUGUAAGUCGCUCUGGAUAAGAGCGUCUGCUAAAUGACGUAAAUGUAAAUGUUGGCAUAGUAACCAAUCAGCUGCUGUGAAUUAUCUUGCACAACACAGGGGGAGGGGCUUGUUACAAAACACCAUCGUGGCGGGAGAUGCAUCAACCAAGAAGACUCGAGAAAAGAAACACAGCUGUUCGGACCUAGCUCGCAAGCUAAGUAUUUGCGACUCCGUUUGCCUGAUUGAUUCGUAAGAACCAAAACAUCCGAACGCGUUUGUGAAAUUGCACUACAAGUUGCAGGUAAGAUUAAGGACCAUCGCUUAUACAGCUAUCCAUACACAACCACCCUUGAAAUAUUGCUAGUAAGUCACAAGUUGUUUCCAUUAACUUGUCCAGUGAUUUUUGUUAACAUUUAGAGUUCGUGUAGAAAAUAGAUGCGACAAUUGCCUGCUAGGGUGAGUUUCCAUUUAACUAUCUUGUCGAUUAAAACAGCUGGACGCAAUGACUUCACACCUAUAAUGUUGAAGCGUUUCCGUUACCCAUUUAGGCAAAUUGCGUAUUAAUAAAUUGGCGAUGUCCCAGGUAGCCCGCGAAAACCAGCAUGGAUAUAAUGCAAUAAUUGACUAAUAUUUGCCAUAUUCUAAUAAAUCGUCCAUGCCAUGGUGAAACUUGCACUCCUGUAGAUCUGAAAUAAUUUGAUUGUGAAACUUGCCAGCCAACCAAGAAAAGCAAGGCAAAUCAAUUCAGGCAUUCUUGAAAGUCAGGACAAUCCUCGUCCUACAAAGAAAAAAAUAUAUAUUAGUAAAGUUUUAAAAAAUUAUUUUGCAAGACGUAGGCAUUUAGAAUUAAUUGUGGAGUGGAGCUAUAAUAGUUACGCGGUGACAUGGAUCACGUGCACCGCGUACCUUCAAAAUGAUUCCGUAAUCUAAUCUAUUCGAAAAACACCGGUUCCAUCAGAUUUGUCGCAAUUAAGAAAGUUAGACAGAAGAAAAAUCCACCCCUGUCGACAGGAUGAAAAUGUUUAUCUUUAGAAAAUGUCUCCCAUCUUCCGUUUCCAUUACACUUUUUUUUGUUGCGACAUUGCUUUUGUCGAAUACCUGUGUCAAUGUUAACCUACCUAGCUACUGAUAUAGCUAGCUACCCCAUUCAGAGGUAACUGCUUUAGCGCCUAUUGACGAUAGUAGUAUCUUCGGACAGGUGGUUUUGUUAUGAGCCCCAACGCUUGCUCUAAACAUUAACACUCAUCGCUUGUGGUACGUUUUUGGAAACACAAGGAACCUAUCUUUCAUAUCAGCGAGAAAAUAAUAAAAAAGUUAAAUUACUACACACCUUCAUGGGGUUAGUAUUCCCACACCGCCAUAUCUCCAUGUUACAUAGCUUGUUUAUGGAAGACAUAGGUGGACAACAGUGGGCGAAUGUAUUGGCUGAAACCCCUACAUACAGAGAAGGGUUUUCAAGAGCUCUUGAAAAUCCUUCUCAGUAUUUAGGGUUUUCAGCGGUUACAUUCGAAGAUAAUAUCGUCAAUAGGCGCUAAAGCAAUUAGCGUCUAUGAAUGGGGUAAUAUAUACUGUAGCUAGCCAGUAACAAACCAAUCAUAAUUUAAUUGUACAAACAGUGGGUUAGUUCGUUUUGCAUGGCCUGGUGGGGUUUGCCUUUGGUGGUUCAUCAUCAUGUCAUUCUGGUCAUGCGCGCAGCGACCGUAGCUAGUUCGUUAGCUAAGCUAGCCAGUGCAGUUAGCCAGUAACUCAUCCAGUAUGUGUUGACGUCAUUUCACAUAAUUCGUUUUUGGACGGGAACUGUAGAGAUCGGUAAGAAAUAGCAAUUCUGUAGCCAAAUAUCUUAUUCAUAAAUGUUAUGUUUUUUAAGAAUUACAUGACCUGGUAUGAUGGUGAAUUGACCUUUAUGACUUUGUGGCUGCGGUAACUAGUGACGACCGUCUAUUCGCGGUUUCCACUUGCUUCUAUAGCCACAAAGUUAGAUUCCAGUCAAAGUCAGAUUCAACAUUUACAUUUUACAUUUACGUCAUUUAGCAGACGCUCUUAUCCAGAGCAACUUACAAAUUGGUGCAUUCACCUUACAGCCAGUGGGAUAACCACUUUACAAUAUUAUUAUUAUUUUAUUUUUUUGGGGGGGUGGGGUAAGGGGGGUAGAAGGAUUACUUUAUCCUAUCCCAGGUAUUCCUUAAAGAGGUGGGGUUUCAAGUGUCUCCGGAAGGUGGUGAGUGACUCUGCUAUCCUGGCGUUGUGAGGGAGCGUGUUCCACCAUUGUGCCAGAGCAGCGAACAGUUUUGACUGGGCUGAGCGGGAACUGUGCUUCCAGAGGUAGGGGGGCCAGCAGGCCAGAGGUGGAUGAACGCAAUGCCCUCGUUUGGGUGUAGGGAUGGAUCAGAGCCUGAAGGUACGGAGGUGCUGUUCCCCUCACAGCUCCGUAGGCAAGUACCAUGGUCUUGUAGCAGAUGUGAGCUUCAACUGGAAGCCAGUGGAGUGUGCGGAGGAGCGGGGUGACGUGAGAGAACUUGGGAAGGUUGAACACCAGACGGGCUGCGGCAUUCUGGAUGAGUUAUAGGGGUUUAAUGGCACAGGCAGGGAGCCCAGCAAACAGCGAGUUGCAGUAAUCCAGACGGGAAAUGACAAGUGCCUGGAUUAGGACCUGUGCCGCUUCCUGUGUAAGGCAGGGUCGUACUCUGCGAAUGUUGUAGAGCAUGAACCUACAGGAUCGGGUCACCGCCUUGAUGUUAGCGGAGAACGACAGGGUGUUGUCCAGGGUCACGCCAAGGCUCUUUGCACUCUGGGAGGAGGACACAACAGAGUUGUCAACCGUGUAAGGUAAGGUAAGGGAGAAGGUCUCCGGAAAUGGUCUGGAGAAGAGAGGAGGGGAUAGGGUCAAGCGGGCAGGUUGUUGGGCGGCCGGCCGUCACAAGUCGCAAGAUUUCAUCUGGAGAGAGAGGGGAGAAAGAAGUCAAAGCAUAGGGUAGGGCAGUGUGAGCAGGACCAGCAGUGUCAUUUGACUUAAAAAACGAGGAUCGGAUGUCGUCAACCUUUUCAAAAUGGUUGACGAAGUCAUCCACAGAGAGGGAGGAGGGGCGGGGGGGGGGAGGGGGAGGAGUUUUCAGCAGGGAGCAGAAGGUGGCAAAGAGCUUCCUAGGGUUAGAGGCAGAUGCUUGGAAUUUAGAGUGGUAGAAAGUGGCGUUAGCAGCAGAAACAGAGGAAGAAAAUGUAGAGAGGAGGGAGUGAAAAGAUGCCAGGUCCGCAGGGAGUCUAGUUUUCCUCCAUUUCCGCUCGGCUGCCCGGAGCCCUGUUCUGUGAGCUCGCAAUGAGUCGUCAAGCCACAGAGCAGGAGGGGAGGACCAAGCCGGCCGGAAGGAUAGGGGACAUAGAGAGUCAAAGGAUGCAGAAAGGGAGGAGAGGAGGGUUGAGGAGGCAGAAUCAGGAGAUUGGAGGGAGAAGGAUUGAGCAGAGGGAAGAGAUGAUAGGAUGGAAGAGGAGAGAGUAGCGGGAGAGAGAGAGCGAAGGUUGCGACGGCGCAUUACCAUCUGAGUAGGGGCAGAGUGAGUAGUGUUGGAGGAGAGCGAGAGAGAAAAGGAUACAAAGUAGUGGUCGGAGACUUGGAGGGGAGUUGCAGUGAGAUUAGUAGAAGAGCAGCAUCUAGUAAAGAUGAGGUCAAGCGUAUUGCCUGCCUUGUGAGUAGGGGGGGACGGUGAGAGGGUGAGGUCAAAAGAGGAGAGGAGUGGAAAGAAGGAGGCAGAGAGAAAUUAGUCAAAGGUCAACUUAAUGAGGUUAAAGUCACCCAGAACUGUGAGGGGUGAGCCAUCCUCAGGAAAGGAAUUUAUCAAGGCGUCAAGCUCAUUGAUGAACUCUCCAAGGGAACCUGGAGGGCGAUAAAUGACAAGGAUGUUAAGCUUGAAUGGGCUAGUGACUGUGACAGCAUGGAAUUCAAAUGAGGAGAUAGACAGAUGGGUCAGGGGGAAAAGAGAGAAUGUCCACUUGGGAGAGAUGAGGAUUCCUGUGCCACCACCCCGCUGACCAGAUGCUCUCGGGGUAUGCGAGAACACAUGGUCAGACGAGUUGAGAGCAGUAGGAGUAGCAGUCAUUGAUGCAAGGCCUAGAGUGACUUGUGCAUGCAUGGAACACAGACUGUGCACUCAUAUUUUAUUUUCUAUUGUACUCUCCUUUGUUCUCCAUAAAAUGUGUUAUUAUUUAUUCAAUUAAGAGAAAUGCAUGGCCCAUGUACAUUGGCUCAGUGACUUUUUUGCAUACAGAUUACUAUGCAACCACUUUUGUUCUUUAGCAAUGUUGUCACAAAUGUGCACUUUAUUAUAUUUUUGUAAAAAGAGAAACCAUUCAUUUUUUAAAUACUUUUUGUUGUACUCAUUUCUUAAAUUUAUUUGAAGCAGCAUGACAAAUAGUAAUAGCCUACUUACUACUAUAGCUCAGCCUGUAAAAUGCACAUUUUCACAGUCAAAAUAAAGUUGUUUGUAAUUCAUUAAAAUGUGUCUGAUUGGUCUCAUUUAAUAGUAGUCCUGAAAACAUUUGAUAUAAAACCAUGUAUCCCAAAUCAUAAUAUGGACAAUGGUAAGUUUGUUACUAUGCUGUACUAGAGCACCGAUAAAUGACAAUAUCUAUUCUAUCCGGACCUUUCCCACUUAGGACAUUUGUGUGACUGGACCUUCUGAAAUUGUAUUUGAAUACCCCUGCUAUAGAAGCUAGUGAUGACCCAUCUUCAUCAUCUUCAUCUCUGCUAGCGCUCAUGCAAGAUUUGGUUCCAGGUUCUGAGAUUACUUUUUAUCCAAUCACAUUACUGUAGUAUUCUAAAUUCCCCGCCCAUGUGCACCUGAAGUUUCCUUGCACACCUAGCUAGCAUUCUUUCCCGGACCGCCAGCAUUGUAGGAGCUAGCUAGCUGUCUAGCUGAAGAUACCACUGUGCUAAGUUUAUGAUAAAUUAUAGACCUGUUUAAGUCAUUACCAAAUUGAAAAGCAUCCCAACAUUAAUUGCAGGAAAUGAAGCCAGCGGACACUGAGAAUGGUGUCCCUGUACGCCGUUCAGCAAAACAGGGGUGCAAACCCAAGACAUUCGCCCCAGAUGAGGUAAUGGUACCUAAGCCCAGCUUCAAAGACAAUCAAGGAACAAAAAGAAAGGUACGUGUGUCCACCCAUAUGAUGACCACUGUUCCAUGAUGCAAUUCCAAAGUGCAAGUUCAAUGCAAAUCUGUGUAUAAUGGGCUAUAACAGGGCUAUGCUAGUAAUUUUACAAUUAAAUGCAAUUUGUCUCAGAGAAAAGCACUUCCUUUGAAAGUGGAAGGAAGAAUUGAAAAAGUAAAAGAGAAGAAGAAAGUCAAAGAUGAAGACAAGGAUGUAAGUGUUCAUUACAGAACAGUAUUUAGGCCAAAUGACCUAGCAUUGUACUCAUAUGGUCUAGAUUACAAUAUUAUAGAGACAUGCCAGGGUCAUGUUUCAUUAGGCACCAAACGGAAGAAAACCAAUUGUAUUGUCAUAUUGAAACCGGGAGAGACUACCUCAACUUGUCCAUUAAAAAAUGCUUGUUUUUCUUUUGGGUUGAGAAACCUUUGCUACGGCUUGUGUGUAGGGGACAUGAGUCGGUCAUGGUUGCUCAUGGUCACGUGAUGGGUAGCCCAUGCCUGCGACUUCAAAAUCAGUCGGCCCUAGGGCCAAUAGGGAAUUUCCUCUUGGUCUAAUGGUCAAGAUGUUGGUUUCUCCCGCGGUAGACCCAGGUUCAUAUCCUGCAUGUUACAUGUGGACUAAUGCAGAGGUUUUCUAACCUCUCCUCGGGGACCCCCAGCCAUUUCAUGUAUUUGAACUAUUCCUGAGCUAGCACACCCGGUUCAACUUGUCAACAAAUGAUCAUGCCAAUGGUCGUGUUCCCCUGCUCAGACGUUGCAUGCAUCAACCAAUUGUUGCGUGCCACGUCAUCGACUGCCGUCGGGCACCAGAUAGCUAUAACAACAUUAUGUGGUUAGCUGAUAUGUAAAAUACCGAUCCAGGCAUUGUGGCAUGCGUCAUCAACAUCUGAGCAGAGGAACACUACCCUUGUUUAGGCGAUCAGGUGAGCUAGUUCAGGGCUACAACAAAACUGUGAAACGUCUGUGGGUCCAAGAGGAGAGGUUUGAAAACCACUGCACUAAUGAAUACAACUCUGUUGGUGACCUCACUUUACUCUUUGUUUUCACAUUGCAGAUACAACCUGGAGGUCUAUCGACAUAUGAAUUGGAACGGUUGGAAAAUAUCAGACAAAACCAAGAGUUCCUGUCCUCCAUAAAACUACUUGAGGUUAGUUUGUUAAAGAACAAAGUUUCAAUGGUAUGUACCUAUGCACAUUUCCCUGAAACUCCUUGUGGUGAAAUGAAUAACUUAUUGUUUCCUCAAUAGGCCAAGAAGGAUUUGAAACCAGAAACACCACAGAGAGGUCUCAAGAGACAGAAACUAAAGUAAUGACAGAAUAAAUAUUUGUACAAAUGACUGAAAAUAUAUAUUUUGUACAACUUACUUAAAUUUUUCCUGUGUACUGUGUGUGUAUGUACUUGCACUGGUCAGUCAAAUUUGGUCUCAGUACAAAGUGAAUGAGCUUCCGUUAUACAUACUUAAUCCCUUUAGGACAUAAGGCCCAUAUGAGCUUCUGUAACUAAUGGCAAACAGAAUGUAUUUAUUAUGGGCCAGCUUGGAUAGAGAAUGUCAGUGUGACUAGUUUCUGUUUCUAACACAAUGUAACUAACGUCUUGGCUCACUACAGUAAGGUAGCCUGGACAGAAAUACUGCCUCCUCGCACCAAGUCCUUGAGAAUCCAGAAGAAAGAAGCAGAGUCACUCACCCUGCCCCCGGAACCACGCAGGAUUUAUUAUGAAGCUGAACGUGUGAGUGACUGACCAAUCGAAAAAUGCGACCCGUAAGUGACUGUCCAAUAGCAAAAUGCGACGUGAGUAACUGACCAAUAGGAAAUGCUCUUAUGUUAAGAAAUUGUACUUCUACACUACACAAAUAAAAGCCUACUUUUCGCAUUUGUUCCAGUUUAAUCUUGAAACGCUACUUUAUUUCUCAUGAUAAUGGUUUGUUUGUUUAUGUUGAUGUGUAUUUACUAAAGAUUGAACGGGCCAGGAAGCCAGAGGGGCCCAUUAGUAUGGAGCCAGUCAACAUGGAGGAGGAUAGUUCACUACCACCUGAGCUUCUCAAGCUGUGGACAGAGGUGGCACAUUUGUUCACCAUUACCUACUUUUCUCUAGCCUGGUCCCAGAUCUGUUUGUGCGGUCUUGCCAACUCAUUUGGCGUGACAAUGACCAUAGGAUUUGGCAAGACCACACAAACAGAUCUGGACCAGGCUAACUCUUCAGUCCUAUGUUCAUCAUAACUGUUUACAGCUUCUCUCUUCUUCUCACUGUUCUUUUACAGUUUGUUUUAUUCCACAGGACUUAAUCAAAGAAGAAAAGGAGGAGUUGGAUCUCAAAGAGUGAGUUUCAUUUUGGAUGUUAAGGGGUUUGGCCUUUUUUUCUUGGCGUUCUGUGACAAACAUAUAUAUUUGUUGUAUUUAAUGGACGUCCUGUACUGAUUUGAAUGUGAAGAUGUGUAAAACCCUAACCUAUGCCAGGCUGACAUUACAUUGGGUACGUUUCCAGGUACCGUAAUACUCUGAAGAGCAUGGAGCUGAGUGAGAUUGGAGGAGUAGCUAAGGUGGUGAAGAGUCGUAUCUUCUCUGCUGCCUUCCACCCAUGUAGCAGUUGUCUGCUCAUGGCGGCUGGGGACAAGUGGGGAGGAGUGGGGCUGUGGAACCUCGUGAGUACACUCUACACACACACACACACACACACACACACACACACACACACACACAGUCAAGCUGGAUGCAGUAGAGUUAAUGUGUGAAGUGUGACUGGGCUUAUUUGUUUGUUUUUCUCAGGACUUGCCGUGUUCAAAACAACUGGGAACUCAGAAAAAAAAUCCCAGUCGGAGCUAGUAUUUUUUCUGAGUUCCCAGUUGUUUUGAACGCGGCAACGGCGUGCUGCUGUUUGUUUUCUCAGGACUCUGAUAUGGGUGAUGACGGCGUGCUGCUGUUUGAGCCACACGUCCGGCCGGUGGCCUGCAUGGCGUUCUCCAGGUCACAUCCUACAGACCUGUUGACCCUCAGCUACGACGGGACCCUACGGAGCACAGACGUGGAGAAAUGUGUUUUUGAUGAGGUACCGUGCAUAAUAAAACGAUAAUCGUAAAUGCCAUUUAGCAAUCUUUUUUUUUUUCAAAAGCGAUGCAUGCAUUUCGGGAUGUGUGACCCCAGCGGGAAUUUAACACACAUAUCAGACUUUAGAUUCCCUGUUCUGUCUUUGUUACAUUAUCUCUGUCCUUUCUCCAACUAGGUGUAUCGGAUCAAGGAUGGCUUGAGAACCUUUGAUUUCCUGUCACAUGACUGUUCGACGCUAGUCACCGGGGACUGGUAUGGAGACGUUGCCAUCGUUGACAGGCGGACUCCAGGGUAAAGUCACAUCGUUUUUAUUUCUCUCUGUACAAGGACUGGCCAUUGUGUUUUAAGUCAAGUCAAAAAGCUUAUUGCUAAUGCCUUAGUAAUAUUGGUCUGUCUCGUUUUUACUCAGAACCUCUCAUGAGUCCCUCCAUAGCCUGGAUACCAAGACGGUUCGCUGUGUUCACGUCCACCCUGUUCAGAAGCAGUACAUCAUGGUGGCUGAGAACAGGUAAAAAAUGUGAAUCAGUGCCAUGAUGUAAAAUGUCAACCAAUCAGGUGGACUGACGUCAUUAUGGCAACCAAUCUCUACAUUCGAGCCUUGACAAUCCUAUGCUUUAAUAAGAUUGAUUUAUGUAUUUUGUCAAGUUUGCAAAAUUAUUACUUAUUGCAGCCCUUGAAUCUGUAUGAAUAGUCCUAUUCAGGAAAUCCACUUUCUACUUCAUUGAUCUUUUAUGUUGCCAAAACUGAUUUUCCUCUAGUAUUGUGAGCAUUUACGAUGCUCGAUGUUUGAAGGCGUCGUCGAGCGAGCCAGUCUCCCAGCUCUAUGGUCACUCAAAGAGCAUCUCAAGUGCCUACUUCUCUCCUGGCACUGGUAACAGAGUAGUGACCACCUGCCUAGACGACAACAUCAGGUGAGUCUGUCUGCAUGCUACAGUAAGACGUUAGUACAUUAAAAUAUGUAAAGAGAUGGGGGAAAUUAUGAAAAAAUUGCUCAAGUUCAAAUGAAUCAUUUGCCAAUAUGCUAUCAUAAAAGUGUUUUUUUAAAAGUUACUGAGCUUAUGGUCCAAUACUUUCUUGAAACCUGAAAUGUUCUACAAUUACAUUUACUUUGUUUUUUCAGGAUUUACGACACCUCGGAACUGACCUCCAGAGCUCCGCUACUGACCUCCAUCAAGUAAAUUAAUUAUACUAUCACAUUUUAAAAACUAAACAUUGUGGAAUGAUCCCUACCAAUAGACAUCAGCCAGCAAAUCCAGGAUCUUUGUAGUGGCGUCUUUGUGUAGUGGUGCUAUACCUGUAGUUAUGACACAGUUUAUAUCUAUUGAAUCCAUUUCCUUUGUCCCUCUUUGCAGACAUCAAUUGAACACGGGGCGCUGGCUGUCCAAGCUGCAGGCGGUGUGGGACCCCAAGAGGGACGACUGCUUCGUUGUGGGCAGCAUGCAGCGGCCUCGCAGAGUCCAGGUAUAAGCAUUCCUUUGUUCCCACGUCUAUCAUCUAACCUCAACAACAAUAAGUAAGAUCUGAGGUCGUGUUAGUAUAAAUGUGUAAGGUCGGUGUAGAAGUUAUGCAUUAUGUGGCUAUACAUGAUGUGUAUGAUAUGGGUAAUGUUUCAUAUAUUUUGUAUACAGCAGCACUGAAAGUGUCCAAGACAAUUUUCUCCUUUGGGACAAUAAAGUAUAUCCUUUGCUAUCCAGGUGUUCCAUGAGAGUGGGAAGCUCCAGCACUCCUUCCAGGACCCAGAGAUCACCACGGUGCUCUCCGUCACAGCCUUCCACCCCACCAGGAACGCUCUACUGGGGGGUAACGCCUCCGGACGACUGUACGUCUUCACCGACUGAGAGGAGGAACCUGGGCCAGUGUUCACAAAGCAUCUCAGAGUAAGAGGGCUGAUCUAGGAUCAGGUACCCACCCUCUUAUUCAUUAUGAUCUGAAAGGCUCAACUGAUCGUAGAUCAGCACUCUUACUCUAAAAUGCUUUAUCAAUACGGGCCCAUAACACAUGCUUAGAAUAGACCAAAAUAAGUGGUUGUUUUUUUAAUUUAAUUUUUAUGUUUAUCUGCAAGCUGCCUUUGCUAUUGUUGCACAUUGUUUUCUAUCAAUUUGUUGAUGUUUAGUUAGUUUAAAUAAAGUUUAUAUAUUUAGCUGAAGUUUAGUUUUUCAUGUAGUUUAUUACCUUUCAUUGGCUCUAUUGUGCCAGCAGCGAAUUUUGUGAUUGAUGGUUUUAUUCAAGUAAAAUCGACCAGAAUUCAGUUGCUACAGCCCUACAAUCGAAGUGCACUGAAAAUGUGCAUUACAAUGUAACCCAACUCAGGUAUAGGCCUACCUUAGAAGUAAGCUAUGUUAUUAGACUAGUAGCCUUCUGUGUUACGGUUCGGACUUAGUGAGAAGUGUGCGUCUGUGUUAGGCUGUGUGUGAUGGGGGGGGGGGGGGGAUUUCAGAAAUUGUUUUCAAAUUGAUAAAGCAUGAAUAUUUGUUUAAUAUGACCACCCUACCUUAAAUUAUUGGGUUUAAAUUACUGUAAUUAUGUGUUCUGUACUGGCUAAUUUGCAUUUUAAUUAAAUGUUUACUUUUAUUUGAAUCAUCUUUGUGUUCUACAUCAGCCCUGAAAAGAAAAAUCAGUGGGCUUAGAGUUGAAAAUGCGACGGAAACACAUUUAACUAAUAUAUUUUUUAUUCAGUACAUGGGAAUUUAACGGCAAAAGUUAUUUUUAUGUGCACAACAUAUUUACGCACAUACCGGUACUUUUAUCCACACGUCAAUUAGAUGGAAACAACUCUGAUGGGAAAUGUGCAUAUUUGUUUUUAAUGCAGUUUUCUUUUUAUUUAUUUAUGAAAAUCUGUCGCCAUUUGGAUGGAAAACUAGCCAUAGACACCCUAAAGACACUGGCAAGUGCACUAGUCCUGUGUCACUGAUUAUGCCUGCACAUCAUGGUUCACCAGCAGCACCAAACAUUGGGGGUGACCAACACAUGCAUAUCUGUAUUCCCAGUCAUGUGAAAUUCAUAGAUUAGGGCCUAAUUUAUUUAUUUUGUGGGGAUCUAUUUUCUUAACUAGAUGUGAUGCCUAGCUUAGAAAGAAUACAUUAAUGAUUAAACAUAAUAGGUUUGUGCUGUACUGAUAGAUUGUUUAACAUAACAAGCUGUGAUUAAUGUGAGGAACCGUUAGGGGGUAGGCUGAGACAGACUUGUGAUUCACACAGACACACACACUGCCUCUUUGUUAAACCGCUCAAGGACAAACUAUGUCUGAGGUUGCUGACUCAAGACAAGUUGUAAAGAUAACAACUAAUGCCUGGCAACAGUGAAGCGCCAAGGGGCUGGGACCAGCCUGUGCGCCAUCGAUAGGCUGGGUUAAGUUUAAACCACGCCCAGCCUCUAUCCUGACAGGCCCAGCAGGGAGCGGGAACUAUCUUUGUCAGGGUAUUUAAAGAAGAACUUAUAACAAAAGCUCAGUUCUCUGACUGCCCUGCGUGGUUUUUCAGUGGGCCCGUAUAUACGAACAUCAUAUUUACCAAUUCAAGUGUUUGCAUUAAUUAAAAUACUAGUCUAUUUUAGAAGACGUGUAUUGACCUCUUUUUGUUCCUAUACCAGAUUUGAAUUGACGCAAUUUAACAAUUUCAAUUGACUAAUUUCCUUAUACUGUAACUCAGUAAAGUCUGAAAGUUAUUGUGUUUAUUAAUUUUUUCAGUAUAUUUUUCAUUUGUAAGAGAUGUCCACCAGCAUAAUGCCAGAGACUCUAAUAUUCACUGUUUUAAAUAUGAGUCUAUCUGGUAAGAACAAAUGUUUAUAUACUGGUUCUGUUGAGUGGAAAAAACCACCACAGCAACUCAAAUACAUACCAACCAUAACCACUUUUAAAAAGAAUGUCAAAGGCUGGCUAAAGUGUGAGCAGUAUAACUUUUUUUGUCUACGUAAUUGUAUAUCCAUUUAUGUAAAAAUUAGGGACCACAAUGGAAAUAAGUCCCUGACUUUAUUGUGGAAUCCCGGUCACUUUUACAAAUAUUUGUCAGUUUUUUUAAACUGACAAAUAAAAUCUAUCAAUCAAUCCAAACUGUGCAGCGGCUAUUUGAUUAAUGGAAAGAUACAUCUGGAAGAAGUUUGGAACCACCAAAAGAUUUCUGCAGCAUUGAAGGUCUCCAAGAACACAGUGGCCUCCAUCAUUCUUAAAUGGAAGAUGUUUGGAACCACCAAGUCUCUUCCUAGAGCUGGCCGCCCGGCCAAACUGAGCAAUCGGUGGAGAAGGGCCUUGGUCAGGGAGGUGACCAAGAACCCGAUGGUCACUCUGACAGAGCUCCAGAGUUAUGGGGUAUUGUGUGUAGAUUGAUGAGGGAAAAUAAAUAAAUAAUACAUUUUAGAAUAAGGCUGUAACGGAACAAAAUGUGGAAAAAGUGAAGGGGUCUGAAAAUUUUUCCGAAUGUACUUUAAAACAAGCUAGCAAGCACACCACAUUUUCUUCAGGAAAUUGAGUUUUCAGGGAUCACUGUUAGCCUUAAGAGUUUAUUUAUUAGAAAGAAGAACUACAGCUAGCUAUCAGUAGGUCUAUAGACAAACCUAUUCUACAUAGUUCUAGCUUUCAUCACUAGAUGCACCAUCAUAUUUAUCUCCCCAAAUAAUAGGCUAAUGUUCUAAUCAUUACAUCAUCAUUGAACAAAAACCUAACUUAAUUUACACUGAACGUUUUACAAAAGUAAUUUGUGAGUCUUUAUCUGAAACCCACAGCAUGAAUGAUUCAGUGUUUUCCACAUGAUCCUGCAUUUUAUUCCCAUCAUCUGACAGAAGAUCUUUGUCCUAUGUCUUUCUUCUUUUAGUUCACACACAACAACUGUAGUGUAGACAUGUUUGUAAUCUAACUGUCCCACAAUCCAAAGUAAUAAGGUUGAUAUAGUAGUCUAUCAAAGUAAUCAGACCGAUUGUUUUACUAUAUGUAACUGCUUUGCUUUAAAUAGUAAAGUAAAACUUUUACCAUUACCACAAAAAUCAUUUUAAAGAGCUAAUGCAAGCCCCGCAACUUGACUUGUAAAGUUAUCAUCUAGAGGUUUGAACAAGGCAUAUUUUGUGUAUUUUAAACUGAUGCUGCUGAGGUUAACUUUUUUGCGAAAUACGAUGUGUAUAGAGAAGACUUCUGUUCUUAAGAGCUGAUACAGUAUGAUAGGGAAAGACAAAGGUCCAGUAUGAAGGAGAAUGGGAUACAUUUUACAUGUAAGUCAUUUAGCAGACGCUCUUAUCCAGAGCGACUUACAGUUAGUGAGUGCAUAUAUUUUCAUACUGGCCCCCCGUGGGAAACGAACCCACAACCCUGGCGUUGCAAGCGCCAUGCUCUACCAACUGAGCUACAGGGGACUACCAAUACAGGAAUUGAGUUUUAAGAGCAUACUGAGUAGAACAUCGUUAGAUACAGUAUAAAAAAUGGUGUUACCAAUACAGGAAUUUAGUUUAAAGAGCAUACUGAGUAGAACAUCGUUAGAUACAGUCUAAUACAGUCUAUUUUUAAAAAAGAGAAACGGGGCUGGUAGAUAAGAUUUAGUUCCUCCUUGUCUCUUGCCCACACUCCAGUACAGUAGGUGGCGAUAAUGGACCAUAACGUUGGAUGCCAACCGCCGAUAAACCCCACAGAAAAAUAAGUAUUCUUAUUCGGUGGGAUCUCUAGCUACAUCAACCAAGACUCAAGAAAACCAACACAGUUUAGCUAGCUAAACAUCUGCGUCUCCGUUUGCCUGAUGGAUUUGGAAGACCCAAAACUUGCGAACGCGUUUGUGAAAUUACACAACAUAUUACAGGUAAGAUUAGGAGGACCAUUGCCUAUACAACUGUCCACACAGCACCCUUGAAACAUUGCUAAUUUUAGUGAGUCAUAGCUAGCUAGUAACAAACAAUCUGUACAAACACUGUAGGUUGCAUAUAUUGCAGUAUUAGGACCAGAAUGUUUUCUUUUUUAUCUAAUUUGUCUCUCUUAGACAGACACCGAGAAGCAGUUGACUAAUGCUCAUGCAUGCGAGAUUUGGUUCUGGGUUCCGAGAUUAUUUACCCAAACAGAAGUUUUAUUUAUCCGAUCACAUUACAGUAGUAUUCCAAAUUCCCCGCCCAUGCGCACCUCAAGUUUCCUCGCGUACCUAGCUAGCAUUCAUAGUCUAGUAUAUCUGUUCCUGUAGCCCUUGAUGAUGACUCUGAGUUCCAUUACAUUACACUUAAGAGUCAUUGGACGAAGGCGUCGUCUGUAGGGGGAAGUUUUAUUAAAAACCCCGACGCACAAUCUGCGCGUCGCUUACACUACGGUAUUGGAAGCAUAAGGACCCUUAUAAGGUUAAAGGGACAAUCAGCAGUUGCUACAUCCAUUUUUGGAUUUAAACUUAAAUUAUAUAUACCCAUUGAUGCUUGAAGAAUAUAAUUUAUGUAUAAAUGUCUCAUGAGCUUAGUUCAACUUUCAUAGCCCAUCAGAACGUUUGUAAACAAAGAAAAUGUAAACAAACACUAUGUAGCCUCAAAACAUGGUUAAAACUAUAAUAUUUAUAUAAUGGAUGGUCAGUCUAUGAAUUUGAAUGUUAGCGUUUCUCCAGCCCCAUCCCUUAGGUUUUUUACCGAACCAGGGGCGGGGAGGGCUUUGUUAUUGUUUGUACUACUGAUUGAUACACAUCUUGAUAGGGUUAGUGUUCCCACAUGGCCUUAUCUCCAUGUUACAGCGCUUGCUUGCUUGUUUACUGAAAACAGGAGGAAGGCAAGAGGCGACCACUUGUGCUAAUUAGCUAUCUAACAUGCUCCGAACACCUGUGUGUAAGCGCAGUGGUGUAAAGUACUUAAGUAGAAAUACUUUAAGGUACUACUUAAGUCGUUUUUUGGGGUAUCUGUACUUUACUUUGCUAUUUAUAUUUUUGACAACUUUUAGUUUUACUUCACUACAUUCCUAAAGAAAAUAAUGUACUUUUACUCUAUACAUUUUCACUGACACCCAAAAGUAAUCGUUACAUUUUGAAUGCAUUUUAAUUUUUUAAACAUUUUAGUCAUUUAGCAGACGCUCUUAUCCAUAGCGACUUACACUUAGUGAGUGCAUACAUUUUUAUUUUUUCAUACCCCCCGUGGGAAUCGAACCCACAACCCUGACGUUGCAAACGCAAUGCUCUACCAACUGAGCUACAUCCCUGCCGGCCAUUCCCUCCCCUACCCCUUAGACCACUGUGCCACUCGGGAGGCUUAGCAGGACAGGAAAAUGGUCAAAUUCACACACUUAUCAAGAGAACAUCCUGGUCAUGCCUAUUGCCUCUGAUCUGGUGGACUUACUAAAUACACAUGCUUAGUUUGUAAAUUAUGUCUUAGUGUUGGAGUGGGGCCUUGAGUCAUUUUCUAUUAAGGUAUCUUUACUUUUACUCAAGUAUGAAAAUUGGGUACUUUUUCCACCACUCCGGAAGUGUAAAGGAAAUGUAGUUUCAUCAGCUGGAAGCACCCAUAGCUAUAUGGAUCUUUGCAAAACUGCUACAGUAAGUGUAUCUUUUUUAUUUGAAUGAUUAUUUUUCGUUGAUGAAAGAUAAGGGCCAUAUGUUUCGAAAGCCGUAUCGCAAGCAGUGAUUAUUGACGUUUCUAAACGUUAAAACACAGCUUCGUCAGGAUUGUAGUUCACAUGAGGCAGUCGUGGGUGAAGGUAAAUGGCUGAGAACUUUAGGGAGAAGGCAGGAUGCCGCCUAGAGUUUUCGCCAGCUACUGUUCCUGAAGACCUCCAGGAUGGUAGGAUUUAGCCAUCUGUCUACUUGAGGAAACGGUGCUAAGUUUAUGAUAAAUUAUACAGCUUUUUAAGUCAUUACCCAAUUGAAAAGCAUCCCAACAUUAAUUGCAGGAAAUGAAGCACACGGACACCGAGAAUGUUGUCUCUGUACGCUGUUUAGCGAGAGAGACGUGCAAACCCAAGACAUUCACCCCAGAUGAGGUACUGGUACCUAAGCCCAGCUUCAAAAAGAAAAGAAAGGUACGUGUCCACCCAUAUGAUGACCUCUGUUCCAUAUGACCAGGCAGAGUUCCAUUAUUAUCUGUGUGAUUGUUUCAAUGGUUUUGCACAGGCUAAUGAUGCCCUUCUGACUCUAACAUUGCACUAAUGAUGGAGUCAGUCAGAAGGGUAAAGGCUAAUGGUGACCCAGUCUUCAUUUUUCCAACAAGAAGUGACUGAAAUAUUCGUCCAACACCUAUUUUUCAGUGGCAAUUGACAAGACUAUAAUUUACUAAAUAGACCCAGAAAAAAUAGAACUUAACUAAAACUAUUUUUCAUUUCAGUUGACUAAAAGGAGAGAAACGUCUCUUUGUGAGUAAAAUCUGACUGCUAAGUAGACUGGCCAAUAGUUUGGAGAGAUUGAGAGCUUUCCAGUGAUGAUCACCAUUAAUAUUAGCAGCACAGAUGUGCAGCACAGUUCUGUUCAGCAGUGGAAAGGAGGAGCCACCACCGGCACACACAGCCUACAUCAGUUGGUGAGCUGCGGGGGGAACAAGAGAUGAGUGUGGGCAGACCCGCUCCGCCUCCGAUUAUACACAUCGCGCUGGCAACUCUCUUGCUUCCCCUUAAACUAACCAGUCCCUACCAGCCUUCUAGUUAGCUACCCUUUGCCUGUUUUAAGAAACACAAGCUGCUUUAUGAAAUGAAAAACAAUAGCAGCAUUGAGUUUAAUAGUAAAACAACAGUCUCGCUAUGUUUUUCUCUCCCUUGAGUAUAGAAAAGUAGGCUGUCUUUUCCCCCUUUCCACACUGCAUUUCAUAGCCAGGCUCAGUAGUCAUGUCUCCCUCUUUUCCUCAGAGAAAACAACUUGAUUUGAGCCCUUACCCUGAGGGCAGAGUGACCACAACCUGUACUCUCUGCGUAGCCAGAUUUGUCUGACGGACAGUUUCUAUGGCCAGGCUGUGCUCACUGAGUCUCUGUCUCUCUCUCUGUGUUUGUGUGUGUGUGUCUGUUUGUUUUGUAUGUAAUGUGUAAUAUCUAUGUAGGCUGAAUUAAGAAUUUACAUGGCCAGAUCAUUCUUAUAUACGUUUGCUGCAUAUUUCUGCUGUUGAGAAGAGAAGAGGAUGUUAUGCAGGACAAUCUGUUGGUAGGACAAGGUUAUGUAUGUUAGUACACAUGGAAGUCAGUGAUGUAUGUUUACUAUAGGUUAAUGAGGCAAUACAAAUGUGAUGUGACUAAAAUGAAAGGGCAUUUAGUUGACUAAAAUGGUCCACUGUUUUCAUAAUUUUGUCAAUAACUAGACUAAAUCAUUAUUUAAUGAAGAAAAUGUGACUUAAGGAUAUUUUAGUCAAAAUGACUAAGACUAGACAAAAUGUAACAAAAUGUAACACUGUGGUGACCAGGACUAUCCUGGUAAAUGCAAAUGUUUUUGUCUCAGAGGAAAGCACCACCUUUGAACGUGGAAGAAAUAAUUUUUGAAGUCAGAGAAGCAGAAAGUCGAAGAUGAAGACGUAUAGUAUGGUACUCAUUGUGGUCUAGAUUAGAAUACAUAUAGAGACAUGCCUGGGUCAUGUUUCAUUAGACAACAAACUGAAGAAAACUGAUUGAAACAGGAAGGGACUAGCUGCAAUUGUCCAAGAAGAAAUGCUUGUUUUUCUUUUAGGUUGCGCAAAAAUGUUGGUAUGGUGAGCGCUAAUGAAUACAACUCUGUUGGUGACCUCACUUUACUCUUUGUUUUCACAUUGCAGAUACAACCUGGAGGUCUAUCGACAUAUGAAUUGGAACGGUUGGAAAAUAUCAGACAAAACCAAGAGUUCCUGACCUCCAUAAAACUGCUUGAGGUUAGUUUGUUGAAGAACAGAGUUUCAAUGGUAUCUACAGUGCAUUCGGAAAGUAUUCAGACCCCUUGACUUUUCCCACAUUUUGUUACGUUACUGCCUUAUUCUAAAAUUGAUUAAAUAGUUUUUUUUCUCAUCAAUACAAUAUCCCAUAAUGACAUUGUUUUCAACUGGCUUACCUGGUUAAAUAAAGGUUAAAUAAAAAUAAAUUAAAAAAAUGACGAAGCAAAAACAAGCUUGGCACACCUGUAUUUGGGGAGUUUCUACCAUUCUUCUCUGCAGAUCCUCUCAAGCUCUGUCAGGUUGGACGGGGAGCGUCGCUGCACAGCUAUUUUCAGGUCUCUCCAGAGAUGUUCGAUCAGGUUUAAGUCCGGGCUCUGGCCGGGCACUCAAGGACAUUCAGAGACUUGUCCCAAAGCCACUCCUGCGUUGUCUUGGCUGUGUACUUAGGGUCAUUGUCCUGUUGGAAGGUGAACCUUCGCCCCAGUCUGAGGUCCUGCGCGCUCUGGAGCAGGUUUUCAUCAAGGAUCUCUCUGUACUUUGCCCCGUUUAUCGCCCCGUUCAUCUUUCCCUCUGUCCUGACUAGUCUCCCAGUCCCUGCCACUGAAAUACAUCCCCACAGCAUGAUGCUGCCACCACCAUGCUUCACCGUAGGGAUGGUGCCAGUUUUCCUCCAGAUGUGACACUUGGCAUGCAGGCCAAAGAGUUCAAUCUUGGUUUCAUCAGACCAGAGAAUCUUGUUUCUCAUGGUCUGAGUCCUUUAGGUGCCUUUUGGCAAACUCCACAUGGGCUGUAAUGUGCCUUUUACUGAGGAUCAUGUCCAAUCAUUUGAAUUUACCACAGGUGGACUCCAAUGAAGUUGUAGAAACAUCUCAAGGAUGAUCAGUGGAAACAGGAUGCACCUGAGCUCAAUUUGAGUCUCAUAGCAAAGGGCCUGAAUACUUAUGUAAAUAAGAUAUUUAUGUUUUUAUAUAUUUUUUAUAAAUUUGCAAACAUUUAUAAAAACCUGUUUUCGCUUUGUCAUUAUGGGGUAUUCUGUGAAGAUCGAAAACCAUUAUAUUUAAUAAAUUUUAGAAUAAGGCUGUAAAGUAACAAAAUGUGGAAAAAGGGAAGGGGUCUGAAAACUUUCUGAAUUCACUGUGCCUAUGCAAAUGAUUGUUUCCUCAAUAGGCCAAGCAGGAUUUGAAACCAGAAACAACACAGAGAGGUCUCAAGAGACAGAAACUAAGGUAAUGACAGAUUAAACAUUUGUUCCACUGAAAAUAUUUAUUUAUUACUUGGAAUGUUUCCUAUUUACUUGCAUUUGUCAGUCAUUAGCUAGGUUUCCAUCCAAUUGUCGACAGAUUUUCAUGUGGAUAUUCUAAAAUCCGCAUAAAGAAAAUAUGCACAUUUUCCCACCAGUGGUGUGUUUCCACCAAACGGACUUGUUGCAGAUAAAAAUCAGUGCGUGAUGACGUAGUGCACACACAAUAUAUUUUUUCUUUUGAGUUUUCAUGUACCAAAUAAAAAUCAAAAGUUCAAUGUGUUUCCAUCGCAUUUUCAACUCUACUGAUAGAUUUGUCACAAAAACUGUUGCGUUAAAUAGCAAAUGUGCCUACUCUGGUCUUGGCACGUGCGCUCUAGCCAACAGCUGGCAGAUACAGUGUGGGUAGGCUAGUCUACAUGAUUAUUAUCCAUUAUUAUGGAUAAGAGCGAGAAGAAUAGUUUUAUUUGUCAAACGGCAGUCAAGCAUCGAUCGUCAUGUCACCAGAAUAAGACCCUCGAUAUUUGUUGGAAAGGAGCAUCAAGCUCAUCACCCUGUAAAGUUCAUCAUCAUUUAUUUAAUCUGUAGCCUAAUAAACUGCAUGGUUUCCUGAGUCGUAGUCCGAGGACCACACACCAUAUCAUCGCGUGACUCCAAGUUUACUUCGAAAUGAUGGUUAUUAUAUAAAUAUUUGCACAUUACAGCGUUUCCACCACCAUUUCUCGCAUAAUUAAUUUUACAGACACAAAAAGAUCCCACCAUGUCGAAUGAACAAACUAUCUGUCGGCAGUUAUAAAAUUGUACCAGUAAUCAUGUUUCCAUCACAGCUGUCGUGAUUUUUUAAAAAUAUGGUAUGACUUUACUCACAUAGAAACUGUGGAUGGAAACGUGAUUACUGGUAGUAUUUGGUUUCAGCUCAAAGUGCAUGAGCUUCAGGUAUGGGUUGUAGCAUAGAGAAAUGUAGAAUGCGAGUGUGACCGUUUCUGUUUCUAACUUAUUUGUCUUCCCAAUACAGUAAGGUACCCCGGACAGAAAUACUGCCUCCUCGCACCAAGUCUGUGAGAAUCCAGAAGAUAGAAGCAGAGAAGCCGCCCCCGGAACCACGCAGGACUUAUUAUAAAACUGAACGUGUAAGCGACUGACCAAUAGCAAAUCCUGUUAUGUUAGGAAAUAAUAACUACCUUUAACUACUCUACACAAGGAUAGAAGUUGUCAUGGAUUAAACAGAGGCCUACACACACACUUUUGAAUGCUCAUGAUACUUGUUUGUUUGUUUUUGUUUGUUUAUACGCACUGUGUAUUUAACAAAGGUGAACCGGGCCAGGAAGCCAGAGGGGCCCAUCAAUAUGGAGCCAGUCAACAUGGAGGAGGAUAGUUCACUACCACCUGAGCUUCUCAAGCUGUGGACCAAGGUGGGCAGGUUUUAUUUCAUUCAUGGUCUAGUAAAAAGCAUGAGUGACACACACAACAUUUAUUUUAGAGGUGCUGACUAACGAAGAGUAUUGAUUCAAAAGUCGUGCUAUAAAUUCUCAAACAACACAAAAAUUCAUUGAUGCCCUUCCAGACUCCUUCUGCCUACCCAAGGACGUCAGAGGACAAAAAUCAGUUAACCACUUAACUGAGGAACUCAAUUUAACCUUGCGCAAUACCCUAGAUGCAGUUGCACCCCUAAAAACGAAAAACAUUUGUCAUAAGAAACUAGCUCCCUGGUAUACAGAAAAUACCCGAGCUUUGAAGCAAGCUUCCAGGAAAUUGGAACGGAAAUGGCGCCACACCAAACUGGAAGUCUUCCGACUAGCUUGGAAAGACAGUACCGUGCAGUACCGAAGAGCCCUCACUGCUGCUCGAUCAUCCUACUUUUCCAACUUAAUCGAGGAAAAUAAGAACAAUCCAAAAUUUCUUUUUGAUACUGUUGCAAAGCUAACUAAAAAGCAGCAUUCCCCAAGAGAGGAUGGCUUUCACUUCAGCAGUGAUAAAUUCAUGAACUUCUUUGAGGAAAAGAUCAUGACCAUUAGAAAGCAAAUUACGGACUCCUCUUUGAAUCUGCGUAUUCCUCCAAGGCUUAGCUGUCCUGGAUCUGCACAGCUCUGCGAGGGCCUGGGAUCGGGAGAGACACUUAAGUGUUUUAGUACUAUAUCUCUUGACACAAUGAUGAAAAUAAUCAUGGCCUCUAAACCUUCAAGCUGCAUACUGGAUCCUAUUCCUACUAAACUGCUGAAGGAGCUGCUUCCUGUGCUUGGCCCUCCUAUGUUGAACAUAAUAAACAGCUCUCUAUCCACCGGAUGUGUACCAAACUCACUAAAAGUGGCAGUGAUAAAGCCUCUCUUGAAAAAGCCAAACCUUGACCCGGAAAAUAUAAAAAACUAUCGGCCUAUAUCGAAUCUUCCAUUCCUCUCAAAAAUUUUAGAAAAAGCUGUUGCGCAGCAACUCACUGCCUUUCUGAAGACAAACAAUGUAUACGAAAUGCUUCAGUCUGGUUUUAGACCCCAUCAUAGCACUGAGACUGCACUUGUGAAGGUGGUAAAUGACCUUUUAAUGGCGUCAGACCGAGGCUCUGCAUCUGUCCUCGUGCUACUAGACCUUAGUGCUGCCUUUGACACCAUCGAUCACCACAUUCUUUUGGAGAGACUGGAAACCCAAAUUGGUCUACACGGACAAGUUCUGGCCUGGUUUAGAUCCUACCUGUCGGAAAGAUAUCAGUUUGUCUCUGUGAAUGGUCUGUCCUCCGACAAAUCAACUGUACAUUUCGGUGUUCCUCAAGGUUCCGUUUUAGGACCACUAUUGUUUUCACUAUAUAUUUUACCUCUUGGGGAUGUUAUUCGAAAACAUAAUGUUAACUUUCACUGCUAUGCGGAUGACACACAGCUGUACAUUUCAAUGAAACAUGGUGAAGCCCCAAAAUUGCCCUCGCUAGAAGCCUGUGUUUCAGACAUAAGGAAGUGGAUGGCUGAAAACUUUUUACUUUUAAACUCGGACAAAACAGAGAUGCUUGUUCUAGGUCCCAAGAAACAAAGAGAUCUUCUGUUAAAUCUGACAAUUCAUCUUGAUGGUUGUAAAGUCGUCUCAAAUAAAACUGUGAAGGACCUCGGCGUUACUCUUGACCCUGAUCUCUCUUUUGACGAACAUAUCAAGACUGUUUCAAGGACAGCUUUUUUCCAUCUACGUAACAUUGCAAAAAUCAGAAAUUUUCUGUCCAAAAAUGAUGCAGAAAAAUUAAUCCAUGCAUUUGUUACUUCUAGGUUAGACUACUGCAAUGCUCUAUUUUCCGGCUACCCGGAUAAAGCACUAAAUAAACUUCAGUUAGUGCUAAAUACGGCUGCUAGAAUCCUGACUAGAACCAAGAAAUUUGAUCAUAUUACUCCAGUGCUAGCUUCCCUACACUGGCUUCCUGUUAAGGCAAGGGCUGAUUUCAAGGUUUUACUGUUAACCUAUAAAGCGUUACAUGGGCUUGCUCCUACCUAUCUUUCCGAGUUGGUCCUGCCGUACAUACCAAUACGUACGCUACGGUCACAAGACGCAGGCCUCCUAAUUGUCCCUAGAAUUUCUAAGCAAACAGCGGGAGGCAGGGCUUUCUCCUAUAGAUCUCCAUUUUUAUGGAACAGUCUGCCUACCCAUGUGAGAGACGCAGACUCGGUCUCAACCUUUAAGUCUUUACUGAAGACUUAUCUCUUCAGUAGGUCAUAUGAUUGAGUGUAGUCUGGCCCAGGAGUGUGAAGGUGAACGGAAAGGCUGGAGCAACGAACAGCCCUUGCUGUCUCUGCCAGGCCGGUUCCCCUCUCCACUGGGGUUCUCUGCCUCUAACCCUGUUGCAGGGGCUGAGUCACUGGCUUGCUGGUGCUCUUUCAUGCCGUCCCUGGGAGGGGUGCGUCACUUGAGUGGGUUGAGUUACUGACGUGAUCUUCCUGUCUGGGUUGGCGCCCCCCCCUUGGUUUGUGCUGUGGUGGAGACCUCUGUGGGCUAUACUCGGCCUUGUCUCAGGAUUGUAAGUUGGUGGUUGGGGAUAUCCCUCUAGUGGUGCGGGGGCUGUGCUUUGGCGGAGUGGGUGGGGUUAUAUCCUUCCUGUUUGGCCCUGUCCGGGGGUUUCUUCGGAUGGGGCCACAGUGUCUCCGGACCGCUCCUGUCUCAGCCUCCAGUAUUUAUGCUGCAGUAGUUUAUGUGUCGGGGGGCUGGGGUUAGUUGGUUAUACCUGGAGUACUUCUCCUGUCUUAUCCAGUGUCCUGUGUGAAUUUAAGUAUGCUCUCUCUAAUUCUCUCGUUCUCUCUUUCUCUCUGAGAACCUGAGCCCUAGGACCAUACGUCAGGACUACCGGGCAUGAUGACACCUUGCUGUCCCCAGUCCGCCUGGCCUUGCUGCUAUUCCAGUUUCAACUGUUCUGCCUGCGGCUACGAAACCCCUACCUGUCCCAGACCUGCUGUUUUCAACUCUUAAUGAUCGGCUAUGAAAAGCCAACUGAGAGACCUGAGCCCUAGGACCAUACGUCGGGACUACCGGCCGUGGUGACUCCUUGCUGUCCCCAGUCCGCCUGGCCUUGCUGCUAUUCCAGUUUCAACUGUUCUGCCUGCGGUUAUGGAACCCCUACCUGUCCCAGACCUGCUGUUUUCAACUCUUAAUGAUCGGCUAUGAAAAGCCAACUGAGAUUUAUUCCUGAUUAUUAUUUGACCAUGCUUGUCACUUAUGAACAUUUUUGAACAUCUUGGCAUGGUUCUGUUAUAAUCUCCACCCGGCACAGCCAGAAGAGGACUGGCCACCCCUCAUAGCCUGGUUCCUCUCUAGGUUUCUUCCUAGGUUUUCGCCUUUCUAGGGAGUUUUUCCUAGCCACCGUGCUUCUACACCUGCAUUACUAGCUGUUUGGGGUUUUAGGCUGGGUUUCUGUACAGCACUUCGAGAUAUUAGCUGAUGUAAGAAGGGCUAUAUAAAAUAAAAUUGAUUGAUUGAUUGAUUGAUUUGAUUAGAUUUGAUUAGUCAAUUUAAAUUACAUAAUGUUACACCCAGCAACAGAUAAAUAUACCAACAACUGUCGAGGCUAUAAACACAACAAAGUCAAGACUUUAACAAGUCACAUGGGCACUCUGUGCCAUUCAUUCAAUCACAACAAUGUCAAAAUAUUUACAUUGACAUAUAUUUAUAUAUACGCCCAACAAUUUAAUGGGUAAACCUAAUAACCAAAGUUUUGGUUGAACCCUGAAGAAGGCACUGCUUUGCCGAAACGUUAGUCAUUAAGUUUACCCAUUAGAUUAAUCGGGACAUACAGUGCAUUCAGAAAGAAUUCAGACCCCUUCACUUUUUCCACAUUUUGUUACGUUACAGCCUUAUUCUAAAAUUGAUUAAAUUGUUUUUUCCCCCCUCAUCAAUUUACACACACUACCCCAUAAUGACAAAGCAAAAACAAAUAUUACAUUUACAUAAGUAUUCAGACCCUUUACUCAGUACUUUGUUGAAGCACCUUUGGCCACGAUUACAGCCUCAAGUCUUCUUGGGUAUGACGCUACAAGCUUGGCACACCUGUAUUUGGGGAGUUUUUCCCAUUCUUCUCUGCAGAUCCUCUCAAUUUCUGUCAGGUUGGAUGGGGAGCGUCGCUGCACAGCUAUUUUCAAGUCUCCAGAGAUGUUCGAUUGGGUUCAAGUCCAGGCUCUGGCUGGGCCACUCAAGGACAUUCAGAGACUUGUCCCGAAGCCACUCCUUUCAUCAGACCAGAGAAUGUUGUUUAUCAUGGUCUGAGAGUCCUUUAGGUGCCUUUUGGCAAACUCCAAGCAGGCUGUCAUAUGCCUUUUACUGAGGAGUGGCUUCCGUCUGGCCACUCUACCCUAAAGGCCUGAAUGGUGGAGUGCUGCAGAGAUGGUUGUCCUUCUGGAAGGUUCUCCCAUCUCCACAGAGGAACUCUGGAGCUCUGUCAGAGUGACCAUCGGGUUCUUGGUCACCUCCCUGACCAAGGCCCUUCUCCCCUGAUUGCUCAGUUUGGCCGGGCGGCCAGCUCUAGGAAGAGUCUUGGUGGUUCCAAACUUCUUCCAUUUAAGAAUGAUGGAGGCCACUGUGUUCUUGGGGACCUUCAAUGGUGCAGAACAUUUUUGGUAACCUUCCCCAGAUCUGUGCCUCGACACAAUACUGUCUCGGAGCUCUACGGACAAUUCCUUCGACCUCAUGGCUUGGUUUUUGCUCUCGCAUGCACUGUCAACUGUGGGGCCUUAUAUAGACAGGUGUGGGCAUUUCCAAAUCAUGUCCAAUCAAUUGAAUUUACCGCAGGUGGACUCCAAUCAAGUUGUAGAAACAUCUCAAGGAUGAUAAAUGGAAACAGGAUGCACCUCAAUUUCGAGUCUCAUAGCAAAGGGUCUGAAUACUUAUGUAAAUAAGGUAUCUGUUUAUUUUCUAUUUUUAAUACAUUUGCAAAGGUUUCUAAAAACCUGUUUUCGCUUUGUCAUUAUGGGCUAUAAUGUGUAGAUUGAGGACCUUUUUUUUAUUUAAUCAAUUUUGGAAUAAGGCUGUAACGUAACAAAAUGUGAAAAAAGUGAAGGUCUGAAUACUUUCAGAAGAUUGUGAAUUUUUAUACAAUUUCAUUCAUUUUCGCAGUCGACAAGACUGAAUUAUGCAGAAUGCACAGUUGCGUUAAACUGAGACUCAGCGAUAUGAUGUUGCCUCGUACAGAAGGAUGAACCAUAGAUAUUGCAGAUGAGCGUUAUUCAAGACGAUGCACUCAUAUAGAGUACAGUGCCUUGCAAAUGUAUUCAUCCCCCUUGGCGUUUUUCCCAUUUUGUUGCGUUACAACCAGUAAUUUAAAUUGAUUUUUAUUUGGAUUUCAUGUAAUGGACAUACACAAAAUAGUCCAAAUUGAUGAAGUGAAAUGAAAACAAUAACUUAUUUCAAAAAAAUAACGGAAAAGUGGUGCAUGCAUAUGUAUUCACCCCCUUUGCUGUGAAGCCCCUAAAUAAGAUCUGGUGCAACCAAUUACCUUCAGAAGUCACAUAAUUAGUUAAAUAAAGUUCACCUGUGUGCAAUCUAAGUGUCACAUGAUCUCAGUAUAUAUACACCUGUUCUGAAAGGCCCCAGAGUCUGCAACACCACUAAGCAAGGGGCACCACCAAGCAAGCGGCACCAUGAAGACCAAGGAGCUCUCCAAACAGGUCAGGGACAAAGUUGUGGAGAAGUACAGAUCAGGGUUGGGUUAUAAAAAAAUAACAUCCCACGGAGCACCAUUAAAUCCAUUAUUAAAAAAUGGAAAGAAUAUGGCACCACAUCAAACCUGCCAAGAGAGGGCCGCCCACCAAAACUCACGGACCAGGCAAGGAGGGCAUUAAUCAGAGGGGCAACAAAGAGACCAAAGAUAACCCUGAAGGAGCUGCAAAGCUCCACAGCGGAGAUUGGAGUAUCUGUCCAUAGGACCACUUUAAGCCGUACACUCCACAGAGCUGGGCUUUACGGAAGAGUGGCCAGAAAAAAGCCAUUGCUUAAAGAUAAAAAAAAUGCAAACACGUUUGGUGUUAGCCAAAAGGCAUGUGGGAGACUCCCCAAACAUAUGGAAGAAGGUACUCUAGUCAGAUGAGACUAAAAUUGAGCUUUUUGGCCAUCAAGGAAAACGCUAUGUCUGGCGCAAACCCAACACCUCUCAUCACCCCGAGAACACCAUCCCCACAGUGAAGCGUGGUGGCAGCAUCAUGCUGUGGGCAUGUUUUUCAUCGGCAGAGACUGGGAAACUGGUCAGAAUUGAAGGAAUGAUGGAUGGCACUAAAUACAGGGGAAUUCUUGAGAGAAACCUGUUUCAGUCUUCCAGAGAUUUGAGACUGGGACGGAGGUUCACCUUCCAGCAGGACAAUGACCCUAAGCAUACUGCUAAAGCAACACUUGAGUGGUUUAAGGGGAAACAUUUAAAUGUCUUGGAAUGGCCUAGUCAAAGCCCAGAUCUCAAUCCAAUUGAGAAUCUGUGGUAUGACUUAAAGAUUGCUGUACACCAGUGGAACCCAUCCAACUUGAAGGAGAUGGAGCAGUUUUGCCUUGAAGAAUGGGCAAAAAUCCCAGUGGCUUGAUGUACCAAGCUUGUAGAGACAUGCCCCAAGAGACUUGCAGCUGUAAUUGCUGCAAAAGGUGGCUCUACAAAGUAUUGACUUUGUAGUUAUGCACGCUCAAGUUUUCUGUUUUUUUGGUCUUAUUUGUUGUUUGUUUACAAAAAAAUAAUAUUUUGCGUCUUCAAAGUGGUAGGCAUGUUGUGUAAACCAAAUUAUACAAACCCCCCAAAAAAUCAAUUUAAAUUCCAGGUUGUAAGGCAACAAAAUAGGAAAAAUGCCAAGGGGGGUGAAUACUUUUGCAAGCCGCUGUAUGUGCGCUGGCACACGUCACUGCUACAAUGUGAUGGCUAUGGGACAACAACGGCAGAGAAGUUUAGCAUCGCGCUUUGCACUCUUAGUUGUUGUGGAAGUCAGCCCAAUACUGCUGUUUACUUGUGCAUCGCUUACUCUACCCUCAAGACAAUACUUUACAAACACAACACAAGGUACUACAUACACUUAAAACGGUCUUGGCUUAUAAUCAUUUCAGUUUAAAAGUCACAUUUGGUUAGAGUCUGAUGGUAGGUAGCACAUUUAUUCAUAAUCUUGAGCAACUCUUCUCUUCUACUGUAUGUUCAGUGCUGUUUACAGUUCACUCUUCUAACUGAUCAUUUACUGUUAUUUAUUUUAUUCCACAGGAUUCAAUCAAAGAAGAAAAGGAGGAGUUGGAUCUCAAAGAGUGAGUUUCAUUUUGGAUGUUAAGGGGAUCUCAAAGAGUGAGUUUAUUGUUUGCCAUAUUUACACUUUUGCUUUUCAUUUGAGAGGUUAGGCAUUUGGCCAUUUUCUAAGUGUUCUGUGACAAACAACAGUAUUGUAUUUAUAUUUGAUGGACGUCCUGUAUUGAUUUGAAUGUGUAGAUGUGUAAAACCCUAACCUGUGCCAGGCUGACAUUACAUUAGGUACGUUUCUAACAGAACAGCGCCGGAGAAGAUGGCUGCCGUUUUACAGCCCUCUAACCAAUUGUACUAUUAUGUGUGUUUUUCCGCGUUAUUUGUAAUUAAUUUUGUACAUAAUGUUUCUGCCUUCGUCUCUUAUAACCAAAAAGAGCUUCUGGAUAUCAGGACAGCGAUUACUCACCUCGCAUUGGACGAAGAUUUUUUCUUCAACGAGGCGGUCGCGAUGGAUAUCCUACAGACACCCGACAAGGCCCAGAUCCCCGUCAUUCGCGUGAGGAAGAGACGGAGAUAUCGCAAACGCAGAUCCGGGUGCCUUGUAAGGAUCCGACGGCGAGCGAGUAAACUGCCUCUCCCAUCAAUCCUAUUAGCCAACGUUCAAGCUUUUGAGAAUAAAAUGGACGAUUUAAGAUUACGGUUAUCCUACCAACGGGACAUUAAAAACUGUAAUAUCUUAUGUUUCACGGAGUCGUGGCUGAACGACAACAAUGAUAACAUUCAGCUAGCAGGCUAUACGCUACAUCGGCAGGACAGAACGUCUGACUCUGGUAAGACAAGGGGUGGCGGUCUCUGUAUAUUUGUAAACAACAGCUGGUGCACAAAAUCAAAUACUAAGGAAGUCUCGAGGUUUUGCUCGCCUGAGGUAGAGUAUCUUAUGAUAAGCUGUAGACCACACUAUUUACCAAGAGAGUUUUCAUCUAUAUUUUUCAUAGCUGUCUAUUUACCACCACAAACCAAUGCUGGCAUUAAGAUUGCACUGAAUGAGUUGUACAAGGCCAUUAAUCAACAGGAAAACGCUCAUCCAGAUGCAGCGCUCCUAGUGGCCGGGGACUUUAAUGCAGGGAAACUUAAAUCCGUUCUACCUAAUUUCUACCAGCAUGUUAAAUGUGCAACCAGAGGGAAAAAAAACUCUAGACCACCUUUACUCCACACACAGAGACGCAUACAAAGCUCUCCCUCGCCCUCCAUUUGGCAAAUCUGACCAUAACUCUAUCCUCCUGAUUCCUGCUUAUAAGCAAAAACUGAAGCAGGAAGCACCAGUGAUUCGGUUAAUAAAAAAGUGGUCAGAUGACGCAGAUGCUAAGCUACAGGACUGUUUUGCUAGCACAGACUGGAACAUGUUCCGGGAUUCUUCAGACAGCAUUGAGGAGUACACCACAUCAGUCACUGGCUUCAUCAAUAAGUGCAUCGAUGAUGUCGUCCCCACAGUGACCGUACGUACAUACCCCAACCAGAAGCCAUGGAUUACAGGAAACAUCCGCACUGAGCUAAAGGGUAGAGCUGCCGCUUUCAAGGAACGGGACUCUAACCCGGACGCUUAUAAGAAAUCCCGCUAUGACCUCCGACGAACCAUCAAACAGGCAAAGAGUCAAUACAGGUCUAAGAUUGAAUCAUACUACACUGGCUCUGACGCUCGUCGGAUGUGGCAUGGCUUGAAAACUAUUACAGACUACAAAGGGAAGCACAGCCGCGAGCUGCCCACUGACACAAGCCUACCAGACGAGCUAAACCACUUCUAUGCUCGCUUCGAGGCAAGCAACACUGAAGCAUGCAUGAGAGCACCAGCUGUUUCGGAUGACUAUGUGAUCACGCUCUCCGUAGCCGAUGUGAGUAAGACUUUUAAGCAGGUCAACAUUCACAAGGCCGCAGGGCCAGACGGAUUACCAGGACGUGUACUCCGAGCAUGUGCUGACCAACUGGCAAGUGUCUUCACUGACAUUUUCAACAUGUCCCUGAGUCUGUAAUACCAACAUGUUUCAAGCAGACCACCAUAGUCCCCGUGCCCAAGAACUCUAAGAUAACCUGCCUAAAUGACUACCGACCCGUAGCACUGACGUCUGUAGCCAUGAAGUGCUUUGAAAGACUGGUCAUGGCUCACAUCAACAGCAUAAUCCCAGAAACCCUAGACCCACUCCAAUUUGCAUACCGCCCCAACAGAUCCACAGAUGAUGCAAUCUCUAUCGCACUCCACACUGCCCUUUCCCACCUGGACAAGAGGAACACCAUGUGAGAAUGCUAUUCAUUGACUACAGCUCAGCAUUCAACACCAUAGUGCCCUCUAAGCUCAUCACUAAGCUAAGGAUCCUGGGACUAAACACCUCCCUCUGCAACUGGAUCCUGGACUUCCUGACGGGCCGCCCCCAGGUGGUAAGGGUAGGUAACAACACAUCUGCCACACUGAUCCUCAACACGGGGGCCCCUCAGGGGUGCGUGCUCAGUCCCCUCCUGUACUCUCUGUUCACCCAUGACUGCAUGGCCAGGCACGACUCCAACACCAUCAUUAAGUUUGCCGACGACACAACAGUGUUAGGCCUGAUCACCGACAACGAUGAGACAGCCUAUAGGGAGGAGGUCAGAGAUCUGGCCGUGUGGUGCCAGGACAACAACCUCUCCCUCAACGUGACCAAGACAAAGGAGAUGAUUGUGGACUACAGGAAAAAAAAGAGGACUGAGCACGCCCCCAUUCUCAUCGACGGGGCUGUAGUGGAACAGGUUGAGAGCUUCAAGUUCCUUGGUGUCCACAUCACCAACGAACUAUCAUGGUCCAAACACACCAAGACAGUCGUGAAGAGGGCACGACAAAGCCUAUUCCCCCUCAGGAGACUAAAAAGAUUUGGCAUGGGUCCUCAGAUCCUCAAAAAAUUCUACAGCUGCACCAUCGAGAGCAUCCUGACUGGUUGCAUCACCGCCUGGUAUGGCAACUGCUUGACCGCUGACCGCAAGGCACUACAGAGGGUAGUGCGUACGGCCCAGUACAUCACUGGGGCAAAGCUCCCUGCCAUCCAGGACCUCUAUACCAGGCGGUGUCAGAGGAAGGCCCUCAAAAUUGUCAAAGACUCCAGCCACCCUAGUCAUAGACUGUUCUCUCUGCUACCGCACGGCAAGCGGUACCGGAGUGCCAAGUCUAGGUCCGAAAGACUUCUCAACAGCUUCUACCCCCAAGCCAUAAGACUCCUGAACAGCUAAUCAUGGCUACCCGGACUAUUUGCACUGCCCCCCCACCCCAUCCUUUUUACGCUGCUGCUACUCUGUUAAGUAUUUAUGCAUAGUCACUUUAACUCUACCCACAUGUACAUAUUACCUCAACUACCUCAACUAGCCGGUGCCCCCGCACAUUGACUCUGCAACGGUACCCCCCUGUAUAUAUAGCCUCCCUACUGUCACUUUAUUUUACUGUAUAUAUAGCCUCCCUACUGUCACUUUAUUUUACUUCUGCUCUUUUUUUCUCAACACUUUUUUUGUUGUUGUUUUAUUCUUACUUUUUUUGUUUAAAAUAAAUGCACUGUUGGUUAAGGGCUGUAAGUAAGCAUUUCACUGCAAUGUCUGCACCUGUUGUAUUCGGCGCAUGUGACCAAUAAGAUUUGAUUUGAUUUGAUUUGUUUCCAGGUACCGUAAUACUCUGAAGAGCAUGGAGCUGAGUGAGAUUGGAGGAGUAGCUAAGGUGGUGAAGAGUCGUAUCUUCUCUGCUGCCUUCCACCCGUGUAGCAGUCGUCUGCUCAUGGCUGCUGGGGACAAGUGGGGAGGAGUGGGGCUGUGGAACCUCGUGAGUACUCUCUCAGUAUCUCACACACCCACACAGCUUUGUUUUAGUGAAUUUUCAGGACUUAUUGGGGAGUAAACAUGUAUUCUUAUUCAAAAUCCUAGUUUCCCUCAACCUAAAUUUAACCCAAACCCCUAAACCUAACCUUAACCCCAAAUCCUAAAACUAACCCUUAAGCCUAAAAUAGAAUUGUAAAAAUUCAGGACAUGAAAAAAGUCCAGACUUUUCAAAAUCGUUCUUGUUUUCCUACCCUGUCAGGACAUUCUGGUGACUUUUCAGGACAUUCUGGGGACUUGUCAGAACAUUUUGGUCCUGAUAAGGUAGGAAAACGUGUGUGUACACACACACACACACUGUGAAGCUGGAUGCAGUAGUAUUAAUGUUUGACUGGGCUUAUUUGUUUGUUUUCUCAGGACUCUGAUAUGGGUGACGACGGCGUGCUGCUGUUUGAGCCACACGUCCGGCCGGUGGCUUGCAUGGCGUUCUCCAGGUCACAUCCUACAGACCUGUUGACCCUCAGCUACGACGGGACACUACGGAGCACAGACGUGGAGAAAGCCAUUUUUGAUGAGGUACUGUGCAUAAUAUGAUUAUAGUAUACAGGUAUGCCAUUUAGAAUUCAUUCAAAGUGACAUAGAAUAGUGCAUGCAUAUGUGUGACCCCAGCGGCUAUUGAACACACUCUUCAGACCUAGGAUUCCCUGUUCUGUCUUUUUACUGCUGUAGUCUCUCUACACCUACAUUAUCUCUGUCCUUUCUCCAACUAGGUGUAUCGGAUCAAGGAUGGCUUGAGAACCUUUGACUUCCUGUCACAUGACUGUUCGACGUUAGUCACCGGGGACUGGUAUGGAGACGUUGCCAUCGUUGACAGGCGGACUCCAGGGUAAAGUCACAUCGUUUUUAUUUCUCUCUGUACAAGGACUGGCCAUUGUGUUUAAGUCAAGUCAAAAAGCUAAUUGCUAAUGCCUUAGUAAUGUUGGUCUGUCUCGUUUUUACUCAGAACCUCUCAUGAGUCCCUCCAUAGCCUGGAUACCAAGACGGUUCGCUGUGUUCACGUCCACCCUGUUCAGAAGCAGUACAUCAUGGUGGCUGAGAACAGGUACGAAAUGGGAAUUAGUGCUAUGAUGUACAAUAUGUCAACCAUUCAGCUCGACCAUUGUCAUUAUGGCAACCAAUCUCUACACUCAAGCCUUGAGACAAUCCUAUGCUUUCUAGUAAGUUGAUUUGUGUAUUGUUUGCAAAAUUAUGACUUACUGCAGCCCUUGGAGUUGUAUGAAUAGUCCUCUUCAGAAAAUCCACUUUCUAUUUCAUUAAUCUUUUAUGUUGCCAAAACUGAUAUUGAAUUUUCUCUAGUAUUGUGAGCAUUUACGAUGCUCGAUGUUUGAAGGCGUCGUCGAGCGAGCCAGUCUCCCAGCUCUAUGGUCACUCAAAGAGCAUCUCAAGUGCCUACUUCUCUCCUGGCACUGGUAACAGAGUAGUGACCACCUGCCUAGACGACAACAUCAGGUGAGUCUGUCUGCAUGCUACAGUAAGACGUUAGUACAUUAAAAUAUGUAAAGAGAUGGGGGUAAUUAUGAAAAAAUUGCUCAAGUUCAAAUGAAUCAUUUGCUAAUAUGCUAUCAUAAAAGUUACUGUGCUUAUGGUCCAAUACUUACUUGAAACCUGAAAUAUUUUGCAAUUAAAUGUACUUUGUUUUUGUUUUUCAGGAUUUACGAUACCUCGGAACUGACCUCCAGAGCUCCGCUACUGACCUCCGUCCAGUAAUUUCAUUAUACUAUCACAUUUUGAAAACUAAACUGACCAGGUCUCUCUUGAAAAAUAGUUUUGUACCUCAAUGAGACUACCUGGAUAAAAAAAGGUUAAAUUAAAAAAACUAAACAUUGUGGAAAGAUCCCUCAACCUCUGUUUGCAUUGGUUUACUCUCCAGUGCCUGUGUUAUUUCUAGUAUGUGGGCUUUGUACCAAUAGACACAAUCCAGCAGCUCCAGGAUCUGUGUAGUAGUGUAUUUGUGUAGUGCUGCCAUACCUAUAGUUAUGACAAAGUUUAUAUCUAAUGAAUCCAUUUCCUUUGUCCCGCUUUGCAGACAUGACAUGGAAACGGGGCAUUCGCUGUCCAACCUGCAGGCGGUGUGGGACCCCAAGAGGGAUGACUGCUUCGUUGUGGGCAGCAUGCAUCAGCCUUGCAGAGUCCAGGUUUAAGCAUUCCUUUGUUCCCACGUCUAUCAUAUACAGUGCCUUCAGAAAGUAUUCACACCCCUUGACUUUUCCCCCCAUUUUGUUGUGUUACAGCCUGAAUUUAAAAUGGAUUACAUUUAGAUUUUUUUUGUCACUGGCCUAGACACAAUACUGGAAUUAUGUUUUUGGAAAUUGUUACCAAUUAAUUAAAAAUGAAAAGCUGAAAUGUCUUGAGUCAAUAAAUAUUCAACCCCUUUUUUAUGGAAAAUAAGUUCAGGAGUAAAAAUGUGCUUAAUAAGUCACAUAAUAAGUUGCAUGGACACACUGUGUGCAAUAAUAGUGUUUAACAUAAUUUUUGAAUGACUACCUCAUCUCUGUACCCCACACAUACAAUUAUCUGUAAGGUCCCUCAGUCAAGCAGUGCAUUUCAAACACAGAUUCAACCGCAAAGAAGGCCACCUAUUGGUAGAUGGGUAAACAUUUAAAGAAGCAGACAUUGAAUAUCCCUUUGAGCAUGGUGAAGUUAUUAAUUACACUUUGGAUGGUGUAUCAAUACACCCAGUCACUACAAAGAUACAGGCGUCCUUUCUAAUGCCGUUGCCGGAGAGGAAGGAAACUGCUCAGGGAAUUUGUCUACCAGUUUGACAUUACAGAGCAUUUUGUGUAGAUCGUUGACAAAAAAUGACAAUGAAAUCCAUUUUAAUUCCACUUUGUAACACCACAUUUUGAAAAAGUUGAGGGGUGUCAAUACUUUCUGAAGGCACUGUACCUCAAUAGCAAUAAGUAAGAUCUGAGGUCGUGUUAGUAUUCCACUAACAGAAUGUGUAAGGUCAUUGUACAAGUUAUGGAUUAUGUGGCUAUACAUGAUGUGUAUGAUAUGGGUAACGUUUAAUAUAUUUUGAAUACAGCAGCACUGAAAGUGUCCAAGACAAUUUUCUCCUUUGGGACAAUAAAGUAUAUCCUUUUCUAUCCAGGUGUUCCAUGAGAGUGGGAAGCUCCAGCACUCCUUCCAGGACCCAAAGAUCACCACGGUGCUCUCCGUCACAGCCUUCCACCCCACCAGGAACGCUCUACUGGGGGGUAACGCCUCCGGACGACUGUAUGUCUUCACCGACUGAGAGGAGGAACCUGGGCUAUUGUUCACAAAGCAUCUCAGAGUAAGAGGGCUGAUCUAGGAUCAGGUACCCUCCCUCUUAUUCAUUAUGAUCUGAAAGGCUCAACUGAUCGUAGAUCAGCACUCUUACUCUAAAAUGCUUUAUCAAUACGGGCCCAGAACAUAUGCUUAGAAUAGACCAAAAUAAGUGGUUGUUUUUUAUGUUCAUCU